UUGAAAAGCUAAGGGACAGGGUGGUGGCUAAUCCCAGCAUGCGGCAUGUCUCUCCCAACAGAAACAGAAACAGCAUCGUCUUUCUUUGAUUCCUUCUGUUUCCGCGGAACCCUAAUGAACCCACGACGUACCCAGCGGUUCAAACGAGUAGCCGAACCGGAGAAGAAGAAGAAAUCCAGCCCUACGAAAUCAUCCAAGUUCAGCGCUGCAAAACCCAAACGCAUAUCAGAAUCCAAAUCAGCCACAAAAAUGGAAAUUUUACCCUCCACUUUCUUCCAGAUUGAUGCUUUAGACCUUGCCCCUCGUUUGCUCGGAAAGUUCCUUCGCCGUGACGACGUCGUUCUUCAGAUUACUGAGGUUGAAGCUUACAGACCAAAUGAUUCAGCUUGUCAUGGGCGGUUUGGCAUUACAUCAAGGACUGCCCCUGUUUUUGGACCAGGUGGGCAUGCUUAUGUUUAUCUUUGCUAUGGUCUCCACAUGAUGCUCAAUGUUGUUGCUGACAAGGAAGGAGCUGGAGCUGCUGUCUUGAUACGUUCUUGUGCUCCCAUUAGCGGAUUGAAUGUCAUUCAGCAGCGUCGAGGUCUGGAAACUGAUAAACCUAUACUUCUUACUGGCCCUGGCAAGGUGGGUCAGGCACUGGGUCUUUCAACGGAGUGGUCCAACCAUCCUCUUUAUACCCCUGGUGGUUUGGAACUCUUAGAUGGUCCAAAGCCGGAAAACAUAUUGGUGGGUCCACGUGUGGGUAUACAAUAUGCUUCACCAGAGCAUAUCAAUGCAUUAUGGAGAUUCGCCAUUGCCGGAUCACCUUGGAUUAGUGCUCCAAAAAACACUCUCAGGGCCCCAUUGUAGUUAUGUCUGCUGUAAUGUAGCAGAUUAGGUAAAUUCCCACAUGAAUACUCUCAGGUUUAACACUUUUGAACUUUGUAUGCACAUGCUUGUACAGCUGGCAGCAUAUUACUUGUGCUAGUUAACACAAUGUCUACUAUGGUUUUGAAUUUUUGAUAAUUUACUUUUCAAGUUUGUUUAC